ACAUGUUAAAAAGUUCAAGCUAACUGUGAAAGCUGUUGUGUCUGAGUUGGCGGGUCUCCUUGUUCUCCUACAGGGGUAGAAGAAUCGCAGCCCGAUUUCCGCUAUGCCUGGAUUGAUGUUGUUUGGCCGGCGUUGGGUUAUAGGCAGUGAUGACUUUGUCUUUCCUGGAGCCUUUGAAUUGUUCAUCAGAGUGACCUGGAACCAUUUCCAACCCCGGACCACGAAAAUCCCUCCCGAAACUUCUAUACAUCCGUCUAGCUCUCUACAUCCCGGAGCUGAUCUGGGCUGUGGUUGGAACGGUGUGGAUAGCCGACAAGCGAGUAAAGUGCGAAAGAGCUAUGAUCGAUGCCAUUUUUGGAACCGUUAUCGUCAGCUGGGCGAUCAUAAUCUUCACGUUGGUAGCUGUUUUCAUUUUUUUUGACCCUCUCGGGAGGAAGACAGUCUACCUGGCUGACUGCGCCAGUCGCAAUCUGGAAAGCAGCCAGUCGGAGCAGCUGUUCUUCAACAUCAAGAAGAGGGCCACACGAGUCUGGGAAAAGAGGAUCCGUCUGUUGUGUUGCUGCAUCAUGCAAAACGACGAUCACCGCGUGGCUUUUACGAGCAUCGCCGAACUUUUCCGUUCCUACUUCUCGGACACUGACUUAGUGCCGAGCGACAUAGCAGCCGGCCUGACUCUGCUCCACCAGCAACAAGAUAAGGUUGAAAAUUCAAAAGACCCCGCCGAAGUUUUAAUUCAGCCCCCAUCGCCUCCAGAG